AUGAAUAUAAUAGAAUGGGCCUUUGGCAAGCGCAUGACGCCAGCCGAACGGCUUCGCAAGCACCAACGGGCUCUCGAAAAGACGCAACGUGAACUCGACCGGGAAAGAGUCAAGUUGGAAAACCAAGAGAAGAAGCUGGUCGCAGACAUCAAGAAGAGCGCAAAGAACGGCCAGAUCGGCGCGUGCAAGAUCCAAGCAAAAGACCUGGUCCGGACAAGGCGAUAUAUCCAGAAGUUCUACCAGAUGCGGACACAGCUACAGGCCAUCUCUCUAAGAUUACAGACGGUGCGAAGUAACGAGCAAAUGAUGCAGUCCAUGAAAGGCGCCACCAUGCUACUGGGCAGCAUGAACAGACAGAUGAACCUGCCUGCAUUGCAGCGGAUAGCCAUGGAGUUCGAGCGAGAGAACGACAUCAUGGACCAGAGACAGGAGAUGAUGGACGACGCCAUUGAUGAUGUGACGGGCCUCGAGGACGAAGAGGAAGGUGAAGAGGUCGUCAAUCAGGUUCUCGACGAGAUUGGCGUAGACCUGAACAACGCCCUUGGUGAAACCCCCACAGGCAUACAGAAGCAGGCCGUUCCGGAAGGGCGAGUGGCACAAGCGAUAGGGGGCGGUGGAGAAGAUGAUGACCUUCAAGCUCGCCUUAAUAAUCUCAGACCGUAA